CUUUGUACAGUUAGGAGACGUGAAAAUAUUCACGGGACUUUCUGUUUUGUCAUCGUCCGGGUAAUUCUAAUAAAUCCCGAACGGUUGUGUAACACCAGAAGUAAAGAAAUGGCAGACAGUUCACACGAAAACGAAACUGAUCUCGGUGAUUCUACAAAUGACUGCGACAACACAUGCGAAGUUAUUUCGUUGCCUUCGGAGUCUGAAUUUUCCGCCGUUAUUUUUAACAACGUCUCCGAAUGCUAUCCGCCCGACAGAGAUAUAGAAUGUCGAUAUACGAUAAAAACUUCGGUUAAACCACACUCCAGGGAUUGGAUUGGGUUGUUCAAAGUUGGAUGGCAAUCUUCUCGUGAACACUACACGUACGAAUGGUCGCCAAAGCCAAAUAUUCAAAAUGGCGAACAAGGAAAACCAGUGGUAAACAAGGUUACUUUUCGUCUGAGGUAUUUGCCGAAGGCCGACGAAGAGUUUUAUCAGUUCUGCUAUGUCACCUAUGCAGGAGAUGUAAGAGGGGCAAGUGUUCCCUUUCAGAUUAAAACCAAACCCGCGAUGGAACAAGAAGAGCUCGAGUGUUGCGAAAUGGAAGAUGACGAGGGUACAUCAAUUAUGGUUGUCAAGAACAAAACGGCUAUUUUGGAAGAAUCGCUUGUACGCGCUUUGGAAGAGGUUUCUGCUUUGAAAGCAUCUAAAGAGUCAACGCUAGCAGAUUUGAGUAAGGCGAAUGAGAAAGUGAUGGAGUUAGAGUUGCAGAAAGCAGAUUUGACAUCCGGUUUGAAAGAAAUCGAGAAAAAAGCGUCAAGCUUGGAGCAAACUUAUGCUCAGACCAACAUCGCUUUGGAAGAAGCGCAAGAAAGGAACAGAGCGCUUGAAAGUACAAUCAACGAUCUGAAGACAAUAGAGGAAAAUUCAAACAGGAAGAUUGUGGAAUUGACGAAGAUUGUCGAGGAAGAACGUGCGCAGAGCUCUCAAGUGGAGAAAAACACGGAAAAAUUAGAAGUGGAGAGGAAACAAUACUUAGAGAGUAUGACCGCCGAUCGCCAGAUGAUUGAAAAACUACAGAACGACUUGAAAAACAAAGAUGAAGAAAUCAAUGCAUUGAAGGCUCGUUUAACAGAGUUCAAAACAAGGGCAAAGUCUGAAUGCACAGAAUUAAAGGAGAAAUUGGAGAAAGCUAACAGUGCAAAUGGAAGACUAGAUGAGAAGCUGUUACAGAUGACAGAGGAGAACGGUGUCCUUAAGAGAAAACUUGAAGAAGAUUCUGAGCGUCUGACCAAAAAAGUGCGAGAAUUGAAUGUUGAGUUGAAGAAUAAACAAACUGAACUGGAAAGAGCAAGAGAGGAAGUUGGAAACUGCAAGCAAAUGAUUGAGGAAGUGGAAAGAGCCAAAGCAGAAAUAUUAAGGGAUGCAACACAUGAAGCAGAGUUGCUAGGCAACACAAUGGAAAAGCUUCAAGGAGAUGUAAAAGAAAAGCAAGAGCUCAUCCAUCAACUUGAGUGUGAACUGGAAGAUGCUAACUCCCAGCUUGCUCAGGAAAAGGGCAAGGCUACUGCUUUGGAGGAAGACUACGAGUCUGUAAUCAGGGCGCUGCAUGACCAACUGGAAGGAGAGAAGGCCUUAAAUCAAUCCCUGUGUUCUCAGUCUGAUCGCAACCUAGCCAGUCUCCAGGCUCAAGUACAAAAGCAGCUGGAGGCCAACAUGGAGCUGAGUCAGCAGCUUGAGGGAAAAAAUGCCGAAAUGAGGGGGCUGUGUGAAGAGCUGGAUCACUGCAAGAAGCAGCUGCAAUCUGCUGAGGAGAAGGCCCAAAUAACUUCAGUCAAACUAAGUUCUGUCAGUGCUGAAGUCAGUGCACUAAAGAUAGAUAAGGAGACUCUCCAGACAACAUUAUCAGAUACUCAAGGGGCAAGUGUGCAAUCAACCAGAAACUCGGCUGCUUCCAUGCAUGCACUCAAGACUGCUCACUCUCAUCUGGAAAAGAAAUACUUGAAAGUAAAAAAGGAGAUGGAUGAAAUGUGGAGGGAAAGAAAUGAGCUUAAGAGGACCAUUGCAAGUUUCCAAGGAAGCGUCCCAUCAGAUGACCUGCGUCUUCAACUCGAAGAACUGAGGGCAACCAAUGAAGAUUUACGCAUGAGACUCAAGAUGGGAGAAGAAGCAUUCAAGGGAAAAUUUGUGGAGUGCCACAGAUUGCAAGCGCAGUUGAACAAACGAAUGAAGGGCUCAACAGUGCAAUUGUCAGAAGAUAACUCACCACCAGAGAUGCAGACUCAGGUUGCCAUGCUGCAGAAGGCUUUGGACGAGGAAAGAAAAGCAUUAGAGAAAGAAAAAAAUACAGUGUCACAGAAGAAUGAGCAAAUACAUCAGUUGAUGUUGGAGAUUUCUGAGUUGAAAGUUCAAGUUCCAGGAAUUGAAUGUUCAGAGCUGCAGAAAACCAACCAGAUUGAGCAAAUCCCAGUUGUACAAGAACUGCUUGCAAAAGUGGCUGAGUUGGAGAGAAUCUUGGAAGAUGAAAAACUGGAAAAACAAAAUGUCAUCCAAGAGAUAGUUAACCUACAAGAGGAAUUGAAAAGGAAGGAUGAAGAGAUACAAAAUGCUGCAGAGAAUCUUCAAAGCACACAAGAGGCACUUUCCAAAGAACAGGCAGAGAGAGAGACACUUGGUGAGGAGGCAAGAAUGAAGAUCCAGGAACUUGAGGCCAGUGAGAAGAAGCUUGUUCUGAAGAACAAAGAGCUCUCAAGAGAAGUGGAAAGAUGGAAAAAAGAAGUUGACCUCCAUGUAGAAGCAGAAUCCAGACUGAUGGAAAAUAGAUCUGAAGACACAGAGGUAACCACAGAACAACCACAACCUCAAGCAGCAGGAGAACAAACUCCUACAUCAGUUCCUACCAACUUCCCAAAGCGUGGACCCUUGCAUGGAAUCAUCAGUCGUCUUGUUCCUUCAGGGCCAGUUCCGGGCACCCCUCAGCCUUGGGUUCUCGUCCAACACCAACCCGAACCAAGACCUCAAAGCUCUCCAGUUGCGGUUCCUCCUCAGGCUUCUCCUCAUGUCCCUUCUCAGGUCCCUCCUCAGGUCCCUAUCCUAUACCCUACUCAGUACCCUACUCAAUACCCCACUCAGUACCCUACUCAGAUGCCCCUUUCUGCAUCAGAGCCCCAGCAUCCAACUUCCCCUCCUCCAAAUGCCCCUGCACUGACUGCAGCCUCUGCACCUUCUGUUCUGGAACCAGAAGUGCCACAAUGUCCGGUUUGUAAGGCUCUUUUGCCUCCAAGUGUUGACAGAGAUGAGCAUGUUAAUGGGCAUUUCAGUGAUUGAGUUGUUUUGGUAUAUUUUCAGGUACUUUUAAGAAGUAAUUAGCACUUACAAUGAUAAUAAUGAUCAGUAGCUUUGAGCUAAUUAAGAGCAGUAUAAGUUGUAGUAAUGUGGACAACAUUAGAUAAUGGUCAAACCAUUGCAUUCAGAGGUUGGUUAGUUUAGGGGGGGGUGUGGGAAAACAGGGUACUGUUUAGAUGAAAAACUAUACAAUUACUUUUAACUCUGAGGAUUGCAACACAACUGGUUAUGAGUUGUUCAUAGCAUGGAUAGCCUAGCUGCUUUUUUCAUAGUUUGAUAGUAGUAAGCAAUGGCCACCAUAUUCCUGGUUGAGCUCAUGCUGCCAAUCAAAAUUUUUUUUCUCCACAAUGAAUUUGUCAAUCAUGGAAAAUCAGAUCUGAGCAUGUUGAUGUCGCUGCACCCUGCAAUGACUCUGAUGUUAUUCAAGGCAACCAUGAUGGCCUAAAGAAGGCAAAAAAUGUAAUGAUGAUUAGGCCAGGAUAUCCAAAAAAGAGAAGAUAAACUAGGAACAAAAAAAAAUGAUCUUUUGUUAUGAUCCAGCUUUUCCCAUUCACAUGAAAACAAUUAAAUUUUCUUUAAAAUGAAUUGCCUAGUGUGACUUUUAUGAGCUUGGGCAAACUUGGCAGUAUUUGGAUAUAACUUCAAAGAGAAUUAACCAGUAAAUUUCUUUUGUUAUUAGUUUUUGUACUACAUAAUGAGUAUGUUAUUUGAAACUGAGGUGAAUGAUUUCUUAUUUUAUUACAUUUAACCCACAUAAAUCAAGUUUUUUUUAAAGGGGUGUGUGAAUUAGAUAUAAAACAUUUCAUCACUCCAAACUGAGAGGAAACAUCAAUAGAUAGAUUCAAACAGAGCACUCAAACAACUCUUCUGAGAAACUACAGGUGUAUAUACUAGACAUGCAAUUUACACAGCCAACUUCAAGGUGGUUUCAUUGAAAAGCUUGCUAAUUGAUAAUUAAUCAUUGCAUAUACGUUCAGUAAAGUGUGACUUUGUCCAUUGUA